CAGCCAUAUUUGAUUCGAUUAUGCUGUUCUGGCUGCGACAACCAGUUUAGCCAGUUCUUAACGAAAAAAAACAACGGUGUCUUUUCUUCACUACGCGGCCAGUUUCACGGUUAAUCGGCGACGACGUCCAACUGUAUUCACAGCAACGACAGCUUAUACUCGUAGUCAACGAUGAAUCCCGAAUACGAUUAUUUAUUCAAACUGCUCCUGAUCGGCGAUUCUGGUGUCGGAAAGUCUUGUCUCCUUCUCCGGUUUGCAGAUGACACGUACACAGAGAGCUACAUAAGCACCAUCGGUGUGGACUUCAAGAUCAGGACCAUCGAGCUGGACGGCAAGACCAUAAAACUUCAGAUUUGGGACACAGCCGGUCAGGAGCGGUUCCGCACCAUCACGUCCAGCUACUACAGAGGAGCUCACGGCAUCAUAGUGGUUUACGAUGUGACGGAUCAGGAGUCCUUCAACAACGUCAAACAGUGGCUGCAAGAGAUCGACCGCUACGCCAGCGAGAACGUCAACAAGCUGCUCGUAGGCAACAAGUGUGACCUCACCACGAAGAAGGUCGUGGAUUACACCACAGCGAAGAAAUUCGCCGACAACCUGGGGAUCCCCUUCCUGGAGACGAGCGCCAAGAGCGCCACCAACGUGGAGCAAGCCUUCAUGACCAUGGCGGCCGAGAUCAAGAAAAGGAUGGGCCCCGGGGCCACGGCCGGGUCCUCGGAGAAGUCCAACGUGAAUUUCCAGAGCAAGCCGGUCAACACCUCGUCCGGGGGCUGCUGCUGAGAGCCACGCCGACAAAACGCCACGCCCCCCCCCCCCAGCCCACGACCAGUCUCAAUGUUACCAUGCUCCACGGGGGGAGGGGGGGGACGGAAGGAAGGAAGGAAGGAAGGAAGGAGAGCGAGGGAGAGAGCGAGAGGGAGACACGACUUUGAGAGGACGGGUUUAUGUGCGCAGAAACAUCCGAUUCCCGUCGCACCCUUUCAGUCAGUAGGACGGUAAGCCCAUCGAUGCCCACAGAACACAGCGGGCGGGUCAGUCUCUUUCUUUUCUUUACAUACUGGGGUAAAAAACAACUAAGUGUAUACGAUUUUAACAGUGUGUGAAGUUAACCAGUGAAAGGAAACGCGUAUUCAGGUGUUCUUCUUCUUCUUGUUCUUGGUUUUUGCCCCCCUCCUUUUUUGAGUUUGCUAAAUUAGUCACUUUCUCACUAACGAAAAAAUCAAAAUAAACCCACACAGAAAAAAAUCACAGAAGAGCCCCCCCGGUCCCCAUCACACGGUGGUCUUUUAUUUCGCUGUCGAUAAGAGCGCGACUUCGGCCCCGAUUCUCCUCAGACAUCCGACGGUAAGAACUUCAAAUGAAGCACAUGCUUAGAACCAGCACCAUGCACGUUCAGAGCAGAUCGCAUACGCCCCCCACCCCCCUCCCCCUUCAGUUUGCAUGUGUGUGGCGUCCGAUUACGUCACCUGCCCCCCCAUAAAUAAACAAACGAUGUGCCAGUGCCUUUGUGGCAGGAGAUUUACAUGACACUUAUGCCUUCGGUGCUCCCGUGUUGUCGCCGUGUUCCCCUCGUAUGCCCACAAACCGUGACUUCUUACUAAAGGGUCCACACUGUAUGAUAGCGGUCAACAUUCCUGUGUGUAUGUAUAUAUAUACAUAUAUAUAUAUCUUUAUUCGGCUCCGCGUGUGCUCUGCUGGGUCGAUACAAUAAGCAUGUGCUACAUUGGGAGACGUGACGUCAGCCGCGUGUGUUUUUUUUUUUUUUUUGUCUAAAAAUGCUAAUGUUCCCUCAACCGACAGCACAACCGCAUCAGGAGAAGCGGGAGAGAAACCACCAUCCCGGCUCGAGAAUAAUCUAUAAACUGUAUAUAUUUAUACAUAAAUGUAAGAAGUGAUUUGCAAAUUGUGAUGAAGCAAGCGAAUGACAUGAUAGGUAGAUGGAACUAGUAAUCUCGGCACGUGAUUUGUGGCUGCGGACAUGACAUUUUUUGUGGCACGAUGUCUACUAUUAAAAACAAUGAAGGAGAUCUUUGAUAA